AUGUUCCUAGUCCACGAUCUGACGCUGACAUUUCUGCUAGCUACUUUGCUAGAGGACUUCGGAAAUGGUGGAUCACGUGUUUUACUUCUGCUGACUCCUACUCUUUACACGGAGAAAGAAGAUGCAGCCUCAUUCGGUGGGCAGUACCAGCUUCAUGAUUUGUAUCUAGACUCCCCUCCUACGGAGCAAUCAGCUGUUUACGUACAAGCUGAGUCAAACGCAAAUCUUCCGGAUGCAAAUCGACCUAACUUGUCGAGAUCUGUGUUGCCUCCUGUUACAUUUUCUCUUUACGUUCCCGACGUAACCGAAUCGGACAACUCAUUCUGUUGUGAUUCACUGUCAAAUGUUACAUCCACAAAAAUGAAUAGCAAUGAAAAUGGAAGCGCCAAGGGGACAGAAUCAUCGAUUCUAAGUGGCCUUUUAACAGAAGAUAGAUUAGGGUUCGACGCUUUGUCUACAAAUCAUUCCGAUUCAGAAGUUUUAAAUGUUUGGAUUGAACCUGCCAUUGCCUCUAAAGCUUCCACUUCCAUGACCAAUACUGAGCCUCUUGUUGGAAAUAUAAUUAGCCAAAUUAAAGACUUAGAAACUGCUGAUUCUUUGCAACGAGAAUCAGCUGAUAUUAUGGAUGACGCCCUAUUUCAGGAAUUCCAUCCACCUUCGUCAUUACCACCGAUAGCGAUUACCACCUCCUCCACUACAAUAGCAUCAACGAGAUCGAGAUCAAGUGGGUCGCUAUUCUCUUUCCCAAUUGGCUUAGGGACACCAUACCUGUUAUCACCGACAAAGAUUGUUCGCCUUGCUGCCAACCUCCAGCAGCAUGUCUCAACUGCCCUUACUCCAUCCGGUGGACUUCAGCAAGUUGUGCCUUCAUCGAGCGCAAAUGCGUUAUCUGCUAGUCGU